CACAUUCCAAAACCAAACCACAAGUAAAUAAGUUGGGAAACAACAAACAUUUCCCUUGUUCUUUGCUGCUUCUUAGUUCCUAAGCAUUUUACAUAUAGAAUCUUGUUUCUAGCAAUCAUUGAGAGCUUGAGUUGAAUAUUUUCUUUUUAUCUCACUAAUAAAUCAUCACCACUAACAACAACAACAAAAGUUGUGUUUUCUUGAAUAUCCAAUGACAAUGAUGAUUCAACCAUUGUUCGCUCUUGUAUUUCUUAAAGUGGUCGUGAUAUUGACCCUCAUAUUCAAAACCCCUUUGAGAAAACCAAUUCUGAUGGCAUUAGAUAGAUCAAAGCAAGGGAGGGGACCUGUGAUAUUUAAGAGCACUGGGGGAACUUUAUUCGUUGUUUUAGUCUCAAUCUUGUUCAAUGUCACUUUAUUGCAAAACCGUGCAACAGAUUCUGGGACGGUCAAUCCAACUGAUCAAGUUCUAUUUGCUACUCAACUCCUAGAAGCCUCACUCUUGGGGUUUUCAUUAUUUCUUGCUUUGGUCAUAGAUAGACUCCACUACUACAUAAAAGAGCUCCGUGUGCUAAGGAAGACUCUAGAGGGAGAAAAGAAAACAAACCAGAUCCGCGAAGUGGAAAAUAUAGCAUCAAAAAGUCCGAGAAAAAGUUCAUAGUAUAUGGAGCCUACAUAUCUAAGUUUUACCAACUAUAUUCUGUCUCUCUUUUAUGUUUUCGGUUGCCUUUCCUAGUGCAUGACGAUGUGGUAUUAUUUUCUUCAAAUAUUUCCUUAAUGUUAGAUUAUUGUUUGUAUGAUUUAUUCGUCCAAUGAGUACACUGUUGUGCAAAUUCUACUUUUCUUAUAGAAGUUCUAAGAAAUAGACAGAAAUGAACCACAAUAUUUUUAGCUCAAAUCAAGUCGCUAUUAUGUGUUUGAAAAUUUUCAAACUAUCUGUAAGAAACUUCUACUGUUGUGUAAAUUCUCUAUAUUUGAAGCUCAAAUCAAGACGCUGUUGUUUUUCA